AUGAAAGCAUUCAUCUUUCUUUGCGUGGUCGCGGCCUCGGCUGCCAUGCCGACGAAGGAAGAUGGCGUGAUGGAGAAGUUUGUGUCGACCCUCAGGGACUGUGUGGAUUCGGAUACAAUGCUGUGCUUAAAGGAAAAAGCGAUGAAGUUUACUGAAAAUUUAGCCGUCUCUAAGGAAUUGAACUUAGUGGAUGGAGUCAAUUUCGCCCGCACCGGUUCUCCGCGAUCAGCCCGAAGCUACGAGCCUCUACCUGACGACCCCAAGGCCAGGGAACUGCAAGUAGAAGAGAGAAUCAUGGACAACGUCGUAGAUUUCAUGGAUAACCAUGUUCUGCAGCUCAGAAUGCCGAAAGCUUUUACAGAAGACAACUCGGUUGAAGAAGAAGGUCGCGGUAAGAAGAAGAAGAAGCUGAAGAAACUCCUCCCAAUCCUCGCUCUCAUCAAAUUGAAGUUGGCUGCUCUCAUUCCUCUGUUCCUUGGUAUCAUCGCCUUCGCUGUAUUCAAAGCCUACCUCCUCGGAAAGAUUGCUUUCAUCGCAGCUGCUUUCGGAGCCCUCAAGAAGCUCCUCGACUCAAAGAACAGCAAGAGCAGCGGUUGGUCGGAACCAGCUCAUGAAGAGCACGGUUGGGAAAGCGGUGGUGGAGGCGGCUGGGGAAGGUCCCAAGAUGCCCAGAAUAUGGCUUACGGUGCUCAUAUUAAGCAAGCUUAA